CUAUAUAAUCCAAAGCAGCCUUUCUUUUUCAUUUUCCAAAACACAAAAUAAUUCUCUCUAUCUCUCCCUUUCCUUCUUAUAUAAUCUGAGAGUCGUCUUUACUCAAUAAUUCCUCCUUUCUGUGAACUACGACGCCGACGAUCAUGUCUCGCGGGUGUUCGCACUGUGGAAACAACGGCCACAACUCUCUCACCUGUUCCGACUCUAGCGGUUGCGCCGCCGCCGUCAGCGGUGGUGGAAGUAACGGCGGCAUCAUGUUGUUCGGUGUUCGGCUCACGGAAGGAUCGUUCAGGAAGAGCGCUAGCAUGAACAAUCUAGCUCAGUACGAGCAACCUCAGGACUCCAAUCCCGAUGUCGCCGCCGGCUACGCUUCCGACGAUGUCGUCCACGCCUCCGGCGGAAGUUACGAGCGCAAGAGAGGAGUGCCGUGGACGGAGGAAGAGCACAGGCUAUUCUUGUUAGGUUUAGAGGUCAGGGAAGGUGAUUGGCGGGGGAUUUCGAGGAAUUUCGUGAAGACACGUACGCCUACUCAGGUGGCUAGCCACGCUCAGAAGUACUUUCUGCGGCGGUGCAACCAUAACAGGAGGCGCCGCCGAUCUAGUCUAUUUGAUAUCACCACCGACACGUGUAUGAGUUCAGCAAUGGAAGAAGAUAGAAUUCAACAAGAAACUACAUCACAUCUGAAAAACAACCUCAAAAGAUUUCCGGUCUCAACUCUUCCGGCGACACAAAUCCCGGUAGCGUUACCAGUCGCCGGAAACAACUCCGAAGACAAUCUCAGACUAGGAGAUAAGAAAGAAUCCAAUCUCAUCCGUCCAAUACCUGUUAUUCCGGUCCCACAAUCUUCAAAAAUGGCAGAUCUCAAUCUGAACCACACACCCAUCGUCGUAGACCCCUUGCCCUUAACCCUAAAGCUCUCUACGUCACCAUCAUCGUCAUCGUCGGAUCAGAUGUCACCGUCGUCGAGACACUCAUCGGCAUUUCAGGCCAUGUCCGGUGGGUUCAACGGCAGUAGUGGAGAUAGCAUCAUCAGUGUUGCUUGAAGAAUAUAAUUUAAUAUAAUAUAUAAAAUGUUUUUAUGUGCUGUGUAAAAGUUUAUUAUUAUAAGAUUAAUUAGUAGGUUGGAUUAGACAUGAAGAUUAGGUUAUUAAUUAGGUGAUUCCAUGGUUGUACAGGUUAGGGAGUGAGAGAUUUAUAAAAAGUGUCGUUUUGUAUGGUUUGGGGUUGAGAGACUCUUGUGAUUUAUGUUAGGUAAUGUAUGUAAUAUAUGGGCUUUAGUGGAGCAGUGAUAUGAUAAUAACAGCACCAGGUACGGUUAUUUU